AUGGCCAUGCCUUUUUGGCUACAUAGGGGGAGUCCAUGUCGCCCCUUGCAGAGCCCGUUCCUUUGGCGGAGCCCCGCAGCGGAACUACGUUUCCCAGGGUGCAGCCCGGGGAAGGCGGUGCCCGCCCCGCAGGAAGGGCGGUGCGCUCUGGGCACUGCUGCACCGUACAGCCGCAGAGCCAGUGCGGGGCCGGGCGGCGGCGAGGGAGUCAUGCUGCGCUACUCCGGGCCACGCUCCCCGCCGGGCGUCUGCCUCCUGCUGCUCCUCCUCUGCGCCAAUGCUCUGGCCUCCGUGGUGUCGCGGAGCCGCCGGGGGGGCAGCAACGAGAAACCCAUUAUUGGGAUAUUGGCACAGGAGUGUGACUUUACAAGUUUCCAUAGAUUUGGAAGUUCCUACAUUGCUGCUUCAUAUGUGAAGUUCCUAGAAUCUGCUGGUGCACGAGUUGUGCCAAUAAGACUAAAUCGUUCAGAAGAAGAGUAUGAUAAGAUUUUCCAGUCUAUUAAUGGGGUACUUUUCCCAGGAGGUGGUGUUGAUCUUAAGACCUCAGAAUAUUCUAGGACUGCUAGGAUAUUUUACAACAAGGCACUAAAGGCUAAUGAUAAAGGAGACUAUUUUCCUGUAUGGGGAACAUGUCUGGGAUAUGAAGAGCUUACAUACCUCACCAGUGGGGAGAUUUUACUGACUUGGACUAAUACUGAGGAUUUUGCAUUCCCACUGAACUUUACUACAGCUGCAAAAGACAGCAGGAUGUUCAAGAAUUUUCCAGAUGACUUGUUGCAAAAACUUGCCACUGAGUCUUUGACAGCACACUUUCAUCACUGGAGCCUCUCCGUGCAGAAUUUCACACAGAAUGCGAAGCUACGCAAUUUCUAUAAGGUUCUGACAACUAACACCCAUGCAGACGUGGAGUUUAUAUCGACAAUGGAAGCAUAUAAAUACCCUAUUUAUGGUGUCCAGUGGCAUCCAGAGAAAAAUCCUUUUGAAUGGAAGAACUCAUCAGGCAUACCACAUUCUGCAUCAGCUAUGAAAGUUGCAUAUUACGUAGCUGAUUUCUUAGUGAAUGAAGCCCGGAAGAGCCUGCACCAUUUUCCUAAUAAGGGUGAAGAGACCAAAGCAUUGAUUUACAAUUAUACCCCUGUUUUUACUGGUAUAUUUUCUCCAUUUGAGCAAGUCUAUUUUUUUGAUUGAACAUCCAUCCCAUAGUACAGGAUAGCGAUCUGUAGAAUUAUUUGUUGCAAGUUUCAUAAUUAAACUCAUGUUGUGCAUUGCAAGUGGCAGAAAGCCAAAAU